AUGCAGAAAAAAGAUAUCGACGAGCAGCUAGAUCUGCUGAAGGCAGCGAUCAACGAGAAGCAGCCUGCCGACAAUGUCAUCAACAUCUUAACAAAGCUCAAGGCUGAGGUUGUGCCAACGGAAGACAUUCUCAGGAGCACCAAAGCUGGUAUGAUUGUGGCCAAGCAACGCGCGAACCCGGAUAAAGCUGUCGCACGCCUCGCCUCCGAAAUCGUCUCGAAAUGGAAGACCAUAGUCGAAGCCGAAAAGAGGAGGAAGGUGGGAGGAGCAAAGCCUGGGACUGCCUCACCAAGUAAAAACGUCGAUGCAUCGUCCCCAGCCCCACCGCAACCAGCCACAGACUCCGACGAGUGGAAGGGUGCCGACCCAGCGAAGCGCAAGUGGCAGGAGGAUGGGGUGGACAUUAAGCGCACCGGCAUGCCGACCCGAGACAAUUGUGUCGGUCUGUUAUACAACGGCCUCGCAUUUAUGUCCAAGACAUCCCCUACCAAAGUUAUACUUAAAGCCAUGGAAGUCGAGAAAGCGGCAUUCACCAAAUACAAAGGUGACACUCCAGAGUAUCGUGCCAAGAUGCGCUCACUCUUCCAGAACCUCAAGAACAAGCAAAACAAGGAAUUAGGCCCAAGAGUCUUGAGCGGCGAAAUCCCAGCUGACAAAUUUGUGAUCAUGACCCAUGACGAACUGAAGUCUGCUGAGCGCAAGAAGGAAGACGACGAACUCCAAAAAGACAACAUGAAGAGAGCACAAGUACCGAUGGCGGAGAGGAGCAUCAGUGAUGCGCUUAAGUGCGGAAGAUGCGGACAGAAGAAAGUCAGCUACAGUCAGGCGCAAACCAGGUCUGCUGAUGAACCAAUGACGACGUUUUGCGAGUGCACAGUAUGCGGAAAUCGCUGGAAGUUCUCAUGA